UAUCAUAGCAAACCCUCAAAAGCUUCCUUCUUCUCUAGAUUGUUCUCUCUUCUCAUCUCUGACGAGCCAUGACUAGAAAGAAAGUAAAACUGACCUACAUCAGCAACGACUCGGCGCGAAAGGCAACGUACAAGAAGAGAAAGAAGGGUUUGAUGAAGAAGGUGAGUGAACUCAGCACCCUUUGUGAUGUUCAGGCGUGCGCGAUUAUUUACAGCCCGUAUGACUCUCAACCGGAGGUCUGGCCAUCGCCGUUGGGAGUCCAGCGGGUUCUUGCCCAGUUCAAGACCAUGCCGGAGAUGGAGCAAAGCAAGAAGAUGGUGAACCAGGAGAGUUUUCUGCGGCAGCGGAUCGCCAAGGCCAACGAGCAAUUGAAGAAACAAAGAAAGGAGAACCGCGAGAAGGAGAUGACGAGAGUGAUGUUCCAGAGUCUGACUGGGAAGUCCCUCCAGGGUUUGAGCAUGGUUGAUUUGAAUGAUUUGGGGUGGCUGGUUGAACAAAAUUUGAAGGAGAUCCACAACCGGAUGAAGAUUCUAAAUGAUCAGGAAUCUAAAAGCCAAGUGCAACUACAACCAACGGCGCUGCCUGCAGCUGCUGCAACUGCGGCGGGGUGUGGAGGGGAGAGGCAGCAGGGUUUUGCGCUGAACAAUAAUGUGGACACCGCAAUGCAGAGGCAGCAGCAGCCGUGGUUCAUGGACAUGAUGAACGUCCCACAAGAUCAUCAGCAGCAGCAUAUGGCAGGGCUUGGUGGUGGAGAUGAGAUGCAUAUGCUGCCAUUUCCGGCGGACCACAGCCAGAUUAAUGCUAUUUGGUCUAAUAAUUCCUUUUACCCUUAAUUUACUUCGGUAUUAUUGGCUUUAUAAUUCAGCCUCGAACCACAGUAGGGUUUUAAUCGUGAGGCAUGAAAACACAGUGUGUUGUUCACUCUUUUUUUUUUUUUUUUCUUUCUAUGUAAUAAAAGUAGAUCACAUCAAAUGAUCGUUUCAACUUUUAAUUCUAAUAUUACUAUAUUAUAUUUGUAUUCUUCAAUAUUAUUUGAUAUCAUCGACUUAUUACAUAAAUGAUCUCUUAUUCGAAUGAUUGUUUGUAGGAAUUAUCUUCAAAUGAAAAUUAAAAAAUUAAACAGUUUUCAAUUACAAUAUUUAUACGGUGAAGAUUCCUUA